AUGUCCAAUUUAGUUGGCAAACAUGAAUCCUACAAAGAGCAGAAAGAAACGUUCUAUAACGGGACAAAAGUAACCUUAAUUUUGUUGAACAACAUAAAAUUAAACCAAAUUGAUGUCAAAAAAAUCAGUAUUGAGAAAGAGCUUGAUAGAAAUGAAAUAGAUAAUAAAUAUUGUAUUAUUGCUACUAAAUGCGUCCUGUUCAAAACUUUUAAUCACGAAAAUGUUCUUCACGUUUUUGGUUUAACAAAUGAAAAUGGGAAUUUUUAUAUUGUUCGAGAAUACGCUAAUAAUGGUGACUUACAUGAUUAUAUUAAAAAUCAUCCUCUGAUUCCAUGGAAUGAAAAGAUAGCAUUAAUAGAUAAAAGACCUAAUUGUUCUAAAGUAAUUGAAGAACUAAAUAAAAUUUCCUGUGAACAAGUAUAUAAUGAAAAUGCUAAAAAUUAUGAAUGCGGAAAUAAAUAUAAAAAUCAAAUCGUCAUCUCAUUAGAUUUCGAUUCAUCAAAAAGUACAAAUCAAAUCGUUAACCAUUUUAAAUUAACUAAAGGUCGUAAUCGUAAUGGUCACGAUUUUGAUAUUACAAAGAACGAUAUGUUGAAAAAUGGUGAAAUAAAAACUUGUAAAAAAGAGUGUGUUCCAACAGUCUAUUUCGAAAAAAAAAAUACAAACCCUUGGGAAAUGUUAAAUGAUAUUAGUUCAUCUCAAUAUUCUAAUGGUGAUAAUCUGUUUCCUGACGCUGAUACAAUACAAAUUCAUAUUCCAAUUAGAAUUAUAGAAUAUCGUGGAAAUCUAAAUGAUUAUUUCAUUAAAGAAGUUAAAGAUGCGCUCAAUAUUUUGGAUAUAUAUGAAAAAAAGAUCAAGUUAAAAGGAAUAUUAGAUGAUUAUGGGAAUUACGUAAUUACAAAGUUCACCAUUGGUGGCACGAUUUAUUGUUCAAAAGCUAGUUCUAAAAGCAUAGAACACUUACAAACAUAUCUUAAUUGGGGUAUUAAUUAUGCAAAAAAUGAAUCUCUACCUGUUUUUGAGCUAACUUCACUCGAAGAUUUUCCAUCAUUUGAAACUUUACCAUCACGACCCAUGAAAUGCGUUAAUGAUUUAUAUUCUUGGCUAAAAGAUUUAUAUGAUUGUAAAAAUGUAGCUAUUAUAUCAUAUGAAGGUUAUAAACCAUUUUAUGAAUUAUUAGAUGACAAAUUAAAAAAUGAGAUAUUUGAAUGCUUUUCUUUCAAACCCAUCAAUAUAAAUCUUUCAAAAUUAAUUCCACAACUUUCCACCGCAUAUGAACAAAAGAACUUUUCAGAAUGGGCAUCAAAACCUUCAAUAUUAUCACAUGUACAUGAUUUGACAAAAAACCUUUCCCUUCAAUAUUUCAUUUCUCCAAAACAUUAUUCAAACUUAGGAUACGGAAAAAGAAUCACAUUUAAAUUCCUAAAACAACCUAAAAUUAUCCUAAAUCAUAAAAUAUUUAUUUCAUUCAUUCAUCCUCAAAAUCAACAUAUAACUCAUUUAUCAUAUAAUGUAGAUGAAAGUUCAUAUAAUAUUACACCAAUAGAAGAUUUUAAAUGUUCUACACAAAUUUAUUGUCAAAUUACAUAUCAGGUGGCAGAAAUUUUUUUGGAUCCAUCAAGUAUUUUACCUGAGGAACUUUUUUCUAAAGAAUUUAAUUCAUAUAAAUCAUUUGGAAAUUAUUAUAAUCAUACAUUACCAAAAACCUUUACCAUUGGUGGAACGUUAACAACACAUGAAGCUUGUGGUACUCCUAACAUACCUUACAAAUUUCCACAAGAAAUAUUACCAGGAAACAUCAAUCAAAUUUUAGCAGAUUUGAAGAUUAAUAAUACUUCAUUUAUUAGUAAUAAUGGAAAAAUCAUUAAUAAAUAUCAAAUUAAAGAUUGGUUAGAAGGCUUUCUCACUAAUCCUAUAAAUUGGAAAAUUAAUUCUUUUGAUGAUUUGUUCGCAUCUUAUAAGACAUUAUAUCAAUUAAGAGAAGAUAUAGAAUUUAUUUCUGAUAAUGAAUAUCAAUUUGUUUUUAAUGGUGAAAACUUAUUAAGUCGAGAUAAUCAAAAUAUUGUAGUCAUCAAAUUUACUCGUCCACUUAUAAACGAUAAUUAUCUUAUUUUUGGAAAUAUUUUAAAGAAAUGCUCUAAUAAUUUGGAUGAAUCUUGGGAAAGAAUUCCAGAUGCAACUAUCGCAUUUAGUAAUAAAGAAAAACAAUAUCAAUAUAUUUUUGAAGAAGAAUUUGAAGAUUUUUCAAAUGAAGAUAAUAAGAAACUACAAAUUAUUAAAGGUGGGAUCAAUCCAUACUCACAGGAAAAGAUAAUCCUUAAUUGGUGUAUAAUAAAUGAAAAGGAAUUAAAGAACAAGAAAUUAAGUCUGGUUAGGUUUAUCCUUGAUGAUGAAUCAAGAAAAGAUUUUGAUUAUCUUGUAGAUUGUGACCGAAAUGAUCUACCGUCCUUAGAUACAACUAAAAAAAAUGCAUUACCAACUAAACAUAUUAACUUUGGAACAUUUAAUUUAGGUAGCUUUUCAUGUUCAGACAAAAAUUCUAAGGAAAAUGAAUGGAAAAUACAGUUGGCUAUAAAAACUGAGAAUAAUGAAUCACUAGCAAACAGAGAUCACUCAAAGAAUAUAAAGGCAAGAAAUGCACAUGCAUUAAAAAUACCAUUAGUUGUCCCAACUUUGAACAGUUUAGUAGAUGAAAUAAAAAUCAAUAUUUUUAAAUUCAUAUUAUAUCCGAAAAACCUAUCAUUAACAUAUGUGAACAAAAUAAAUGAACGUCUCUCAGAAUUUAUUGAACUUGGUUUUAGAUUGACCUAUUCACUCAUUUGUGAUAUCUUUCAAUUAUUUGAGCAUCGAUUAGAUGAUAUUGGUGAACCUUUACUUGAAUCGUUUUCUUCCCUUAAAAAAGACGAGCACUUUUUCGAGAAUUGUAUUAUAGAAACGAUUAAACCACAACGUAAUUUAAAGAAAAUUGAUUUAUUAGAAUUCUUGUAUCGUAAUAUGAAACAAAAUAAGGAAGGAAUAUUCUUAAAUGCAAUGAAAUUUCAUGGAUUAGAUAAUCAUUUAAUUGAUAAUGAAAAACUUAAAACAUCUACACCUAUAAAGUCACUCUCUUUAUCACCUAUUUAUUAUUAUUGGUCACUUUCAAAGUUUAAAUCCAAUUCACUUAUAGCAUCACUUUGUUUUAAAGAUAUUUUACAAACAAGAAUCAUAUCAGAUGAUGAUAUACUUGGUCCAUUAUUCAAAGGAUAUUUAGCGGAAAUAUAUAAACUUCGUGUUACUUUCCAAUUCCCUUUGCCACUCAUUGAAAUAGAAAAUGAUGAAAAAAAUGUGAAAUUAAUCAAAGAAUGGUCUCCAGUAUUAGAAAAGAUGAAUCAUAAUAUUAAUACGGAAUCAAAUGAAAUACAAAUUACUGAAGAAUUCAAGGCUUAUUUUAUUGAAUUUGCAGAAAAAGCUUUUUAA